AUGUCUGAUAGUACAGAGGAAGAAAAGCUUCUUCAAGAUGCAUCUGCCUUGUUGAUGUUCGCAAAUGUUGCCGCAAAGCAGCAGCAGGAACAACUUAAGAAUACUCCUCUGCCACGUAUGGAAACAUAUGGUACAGCCAGCCCUAAUAAUGAUGAUACACGGACUGACAUGAAAAAGGGUGUGGCAAAAAUUACGACUAAUUCAAUCGACCCAGCAGAUGGAUUUACGCAAAGGGAAGCAGUAACUGAUGGUCCAAGUGAUAAUCAAGUGGGGACUGAAAUCGAAACACUACUGCACGCAGAGAUUCCAACUAUUAGGUCUGCUCCACCGGUUGAAUCUAAUCCUACCAAUAAAUCAUAUGAGGAUACGACAGUAUCCAACCCUUUAUUAGAGGAACAUUUGCCUGUCAAAGGAAACUUUACGCAGACUCAUAAGAGGUCCAGUUCCACACCUGAAAUCUCUCAGACUUUAUCGAGCUAUCAAAUGCACAGGUCGCCUGGACCCGCAAACGUUGCAUUGGCGAGAGGUAUCAACUUGGAAACAGGUGAGAGGAAUAACAAAAAUGCAAUGAUAGCGGCUGCUGCGUUGGCUGCUGCGGCAGAUAUUCCCCUUCCGCUAAAACAAGUUGAGAGUAAUGAACUUAAUAUGUCUGACUCGAAGAAUGACAUGCAUGCAGAAGAUCAAUUGACUGAACCAGAGGAAGAGGACAUAACCGAAGAGGAAAUCCCCAGCGGGAGGAAACAAGAGGAAAGGUCAAAAACGAUCCCCAAUGACGUGCUGGCACUGAAUAUUGACUCUCCUAAUACUUUUAAGGUUCCCCCUUUGAACGAAUAUCAAGUAGAUCCAGAUUCAGGUCUAAUAGGGUGUAUAUGUGGUAUUGAUGAAGAUGACGGAUUCACUGUGCAAUGUGAUAUCUGUUACAGGUGGCAGCAUUGUGUUUGUAUGGGAUUUGAAUCUAGUGAUGAGGUACCUGAAGACGAAUAUAAGUGCUUUUAUUGUGACCAUAACAAGUGGGGGAAGAUCAGAGCAGAUGUAUGUCGUGAAAAUACGUUGCGUCGACUCGAUGCCGAAAGAUCGGUAGACAAUCGUAAGCCGAAUAAUGGAAAAAGAAAACAGUCUACGGGAAAAUCAGAGAAGCAAGACAAAAGAAAAAAGUCUAAUGUGACAUCAGAAACUUCUGCAAAAGACUUGCCAGAUAGUAUGUCUAAAAAUCGGAGUUUGGGGUCCCCCAUACCUCCUGCGAAACUUAGUGUUGAUAUAGAGCCAGAUAAUCUCCCAAAUCCAAACAAUGAAUUGUUGAAUGACGGAUCUACUGCAGAAGCAUACCAGUCUGUCUAUUAUAAAUUGCUUCAGAAUGAUUAUAAGACAACCCUUAUAAAGGAGCUUCUUGAAAAGAGUGGCAAUAAAUUUUUUCAAGAGCACAAGCUGUCUAAAAAUAGUUUGCUGACUCAUGCUCAGUUUAUGUCUCCAACUCAGUUUGAUUCCAUUAAGUUUAGUAAAAUAAUUCUUCCAAACCAUGAAAUGUUCAAAUCUCAAGCAGAUAUCAAGACUACAAGCAAGGGAUUAAAUAAGACUAGUAUUCAAGUUAAAUCCUAUAACGAAAACCAGAAACUGAGAUUUAAUGGAAUUUCCAAGCUAGGCCUUUUCAUCAAGAGAGAACACUGGUCUGGUGAUGAAGAGUAUGUGAUACCUCAAGAUACUCCCAUUAUUGAAUAUUUAGGUGAAGUUGAUUAUUUUGAUAACUACGCAAAGGAUCCAAUCAAUCAAUAUUCCAGUUGGGGAACGACAAAGCCUAAAGUCGUAAGAACAAGUCUUGAUCUUGAAAACAAAAUAGACCUUAUCAUUGACUCAAGAUUUGUAGGAAACGAAUCCAGAUUUAUCAGGAAGUCAUGUCCCUCCUCUUCGAAUUGCAAACUUAAUAAAAUUUACAUUCCUUCCACUAAAAGUUUCAAAUUCAUUAUAGCUACUUCUAAACCAAUCAAGCUAACCGAUACUAAUGAAGAAGAGUUACGGUUGGAGUGGGACUGGGAUUCAAAUCACCCGAUUUUGAAGUUUUAUGAAAAUGAGAAUUUAAAAUUUGAUCAACUUUCUGAUAGUGAUAAAUCUUUUUUAAUAACAAAUACCGACAAAAUACUCCACUUCGUCGAAUGUGGGUGCUCUACAUCUGCUUCGAAUGCAAAUUGUGCGUUGUUUAAAAUAAAGAAAGCAACGUCUUAUUUAAUGCGUUCUACCAGAAAAGCUGCUUCAAUCAGUAAUGUAAAUUUGAAUAAAUCGAAGGAAGAACUCUUCAGUCAAGAAAAGCCACCGGUGUAUCGUUCAUGGAAAGAGCGUUUAGAUGACAGGGAUGAAACUAUUCAAAUGAAGUUAUCUAUAACUACGGAUGAAAAGAAAGAAAGUGACCAGGAAGAACACUGCGCCUUGGAUACUGAUUCUGGUAGUCAUGAAGUUGAAGAAAAGUCGAUUUUCUUUCAUGUUCCUUAUAAGCAACAGCUUAUCUCUCGGACAAACAUUCGAGGUGUCAGUUAUAGCCGGGGAAAUAAGAAAAUAGAUACCCGGUUUCUCGAAACAAAGGGUAUACCUGUCCCCAUAUCAUCUAAAUUGUACGAUAAAAUUGAAGUUUCUGUUAAUAAGAAACUAAACAUAGCUCCCAAAGAACAAAGUAAUCCUAAUAAUGAAAAAGAAGAAACCAAGCGAGCAGCUUCAACUAUCAGAGAUCAUAAAGAAGAUUCAAAUGGCAAAAUAAGAGGAUCACCCGAGAACCAUCAAGUAAAAUCCACUAAUGUUGAUAGUGCGCCUCCGAUCAAAAAGAAAUUAUCCUUCGCUGAUUACAAGAAGAAGAUGAAAUAA